AUGGCGACGUUGCUGAAGAACGUGAGGUCGUUUUCGACGAUUGCGAACUUUCUUGUUCGUACCACGGUGCCUAGGCUAGGGGCAGUUGCCUUGAUGCGUCAGUUAAAUUGUCAUCAUCACUGUUCUAGCCGUCCCUUGCAGUUACAGAUUCUGCAGUCGCCAUUCUUCUCACAACCUUUAAGAUGGUAUGCAGGGAAGCCACCACUGACGUUAGAAUCUAUACAGAAGCGUGUUGAACUGGUGUUGAGAUUGUACGAUAAAAUUAACCCUGACAAGUUGACCCUGGAUUCCCAUUUUAUAAAUGAUCUUAGUCUUGACAGUCUUGAUCAAGUGGAAAUUAUCAUGGCCAUAGAGGAUGAAUUUGGCUUUGAAAUCCCUGAUGCAGAUUCUGAGAGACUGAUGAGGCCAAGAGAUAUUGUUCAGUACAUUGCAGAUAAGGAGGAUAUAUUCGACUGA